AUGCCGCGUAUUUCAAACUAUCUUCGAUUUUGUUUGGUUUCUUUUACUUCUCUAUUCUUCAUCUUUUAUAUAUCGAUAUCGAUAACAACAAAGAAUCAUAUUGAACUUGUUGAUAAUUAUACUCUUUGUCUUCUUGAUAUUCAUCAAGCAUUUGAUUCAUUGUCUAUUCCAUGGUUUAUUACAUUUAGUAGUGCUCUUAUGUAUUGGCGUUCGAAAAAUUUUAUUUCGAAUGAUAUGGAUAUUGGAAUUUUUUAUAAAGAUUUGAAAUCAAAAAAUUUUAAUGAGACAAAUUUUGUAACAAUUAUGGAAAAAAAAUUUCAUUUUCAAUUUCGUCGUAAUUAUGGUCGAAUAGAUCAUGGACAAGAAUGGGCAUUUUCAUGUCCAAAAUCAAAUAUUCCUAUUGAUAUUUUUGUUUAUUAUCCUCUAAAUGAAUUAAAUAAAUCAUCAGAUUAUUGGUCAGCAACUUAUAAUGGUAUAUGUAAUAAUAUGAUUUAUAAAAAAUGUCGAUGGAGAUUUAAACGAUUUAGUUUAACAAAAUUUAGAAUGUUUAACAGAAAAUUUUAUGUUGUUCCAAUAGAAUUUAUUGUAGAACGAUAUGGAAAAAAUUAUACUAUACCACACCAAUAUGAUUAUUUUCAAUCAUUAACAUUUUUACCAAAUUUAAUUAAAGAAUAUAGUGUUAAUAUAACAAAUAGUAAACAAAAGUCAAAAUAG